AUGGCCGCCCCUGCCACAUCCGUCAAGGAGGUCAUCCAGAAGAAGCCCGAGGGCCUGGACCUCUACGCCCGCUUCGCCCUGGCCGGAGCCCUCGGCUGCUCUGUCACGCACGGCGCCUUCACCCCCGUCGAUGUAAUCAAAACCAGGAUCCAACUCGACCCUGCGACGUACAACCGUGGCAUGAUCGGCGGCUUCCGCCAGGUCAUCAAGAAUGAAGGAAUCAGCGCGCUAGCUACGGGCUUCGGUCCUACGUUCACAGGCUACUUUGUCCAGGGCGCCUUCAAGUUCGGUGGUUACGAGUUCUUCAAGAAGCAGUCCAUAGACCUCAUUGGCAUCGAGAAGGCCCGUCAGAACCGUACCGCCGUGUACUCCGUGUCCGCUGCUUCGGCCGAGUUCUUUGCUUCCGUCGCCCUUUGCCCCUUAGAGGCUACCCGUAUCCGUCUCGUCUCUACUCCCGGCUACGCCAAGGGUCUAGUCGAUGGCUUCACCAAGCUCCUGACUACCGAGGGAGUCGGCGCCUUCUACGCCGGCUUCGGACCCAUCUUGUUUAAACAGGUCCCAUACACGGUUACCAAGUUCGUCGUAUACGAGAAGGUUGCCGAGAACAUCCUCGCUCAAUUUGACAAGUCUAAACUCUCCGGUAGUGCCUUGACUGGUAUUAACCUGGGUUCUGGCCUAAUCGCCGGCUUUGCUGCCGCCAUCGUGUCGCAGCCGGCCGAUACGAUGCUUUCCAAGAUCAACAAGACCAAGGGACUGCCCGGUGAGAGCACCGUCUCCCGUCUCGCCAAGAUUGCCCGCGAGCUUGGCGUACGCGGCUCCUUUGCCGGUCUCCCCACGCGUCUCUUCAUGGUGGGCGGGUUGACUGCCGGGCAGUUCGCGAUAUACGGCGACAUCAAGAAAGCUCUCGGUGCUACGAAUGGUGUGGAAAUCGCUAAAUAA